AUGCCUUCUCCAUUCACCUCGAGCUUUGCCUCGGCAGCGGCAGGGAACACCACGACCGAAGGGGGAGCCAAUGGCCGAAAUACUGCGAGCGGGGAUUGGACGCGCGCUCGCACAAAUGGCGCAACCCAAACCUUUCGUCGACCAUCCGUGGCAACAAACAUCUCUCAGCAAAAAGAGAGCGGCCAGUCUAACAAUAAUCCUACGCCAUCGAGCGCCAACGUCUACGUUCCCCCUCACAUGAACUCAAACUACCAGUCAUCCUACAAUCGCAACGGUCCAUCUGCUGAAACUCGCUAUUCAAAGGAUCAGCUUCUCGACUUGUUUAGAUCGCAGGAGAGAAAUGGAUUUCCAAGCACGAAUGUCAAUGACCUCUUUGUCGAUGGCUGGCGUCCAGGCACCGUCAAUGGGACGAGCAAUGGAGGAUGGGGCAAGAGAGAUGAUAAUAAGGAAGCCUCAGGGCCAGAUAUUUGCUGGGAUCAUGAGGGUAGCGUUAAUCCCAUAGCGGUGCAGGAGAUGAGUGAGGAGGAGAAAGAGGCUUUCUCUACAUCGGUCAAUUCGCCACUGAAACCGCCAACUCAGAACGCUAACAAGGAUGGUACGCCGAACAAUGGAAACGUCAACCGGCGAACCUCCAUCACGCAAUCUCAAAAUGCUAUGAACAAUUCUCCCUCCACACGUCCUGGUGCUCGACGUCGAGAAUCUGGCGGCGAUCUAUUGCAAAAUCCAUUGGCGUCUCCGACCGGCAACAACAGGUUUUCAAGAGAAGAGUCCAGCAUCUCUUCACCUCCACCAUCCCUGCUUCGACGGACUACAGACUUCAAAGAUAACUUUGGACCGAGCUUGGAAGACAAGGACAGAGAGAUCGGAGGGCCCAGUGUUGCUACGGCCUCACCCUUUGGCUCAUUGAGGAGGACAACCACACAGCCAGUAAGCACAGGUAUUAAUGGACCCUCGUCACCUUGGUCUGGCGCUCCAUCAUCAACAGGUUUCUCACCGAUGGGAGCUUUCGGCAAUUUUGCUAUUGGUAGUGGGUCCGCGCAAACUCCGACAGCGGAUGAAAAGAAGCCUGGAUUUGGUAGUGUACGCGGUCAAAGUCGAUUUAAAGACCUGAUGGGGACUGUAAACCCUGAGGAUACGGAGUCAAAAGUGAAGAAGAAGGCAUCAGUGAACAGUCUGGAACGUUUGGCAGAGUCAGCGAAUGGACCCACACAGGCGCAAUGGGCUAAUGACCGCACGGCACUGCCCAGGAAUAUGCCUGCAGAUUUAUAUGGAGACGAGGAAGACUUUGGCACAGGUAGUGCGGCUCUGGGAGGCGAUGACGCUGGUCCACCUCUGCCGCAGUCUUCCAGAUACAGGAAUCCUGACCGUCAGACUUCCUAUGAUGACAUUGGAUUUUCGUCUCUGGGUCUGUCUUCUGAAAUGCCUCCUUUCCGCGAAUUGAUGCAGCGUCGGGACUUCGCUCAGCAACAGACUCCUCAAAGCCGCAACCAAGGAAUGGGAUACUCGAACGAGCCGAUGAGCCCAACAAAUACGAACCCGUAUCAAAGCCCAGAGGGUGAGAAAGCCAUUCCUGAAGAUGUUGAUACCGAUGAGGUCGACCUUCGCAACUCACAGUAUCCUGGUGCUGGACCGUUCGGUCAUGCUGCUCGGGGUUUCCAGAAUCAGCUAGAUGCACAGACAGGGGAUCGGAGCCAAACCUCGAGCACUGGCGCUUCACGAGGGUUUCCAAGCUUGGGUGGACCAGGAGAUCUCGGUAGUCUAGGUGGAUCAGGGGCCUGGUCAGCGGCCCCAGGCGCGAUUGGUACCCCAAGUAGGGCACAGCCUGGUUUCGGAGCGGCUUUUGGUGACUCAGCAUUUGGAUCGCUUGCUGAUAUUACCUCACGAAGCCAGAGUGGACUCAGUGGUUCGACUCUUUUUGGUGCUGGUGCUCCGGGAACUACCAAUCGAAACAGCAAGAUGAGCUCUUUGCUUCCUAAUGCCGUGCAAGACCAGAUGCGAGGGGAGACGUCGAGGCAUGAGCAAGCGUUUGGAGAUGGUGGUGAUGCUUUUAUGAGGGACCCUGGUCACAAUGCUCCAGGAUUUGGAUUGCGAGACAUGGACACCUCUUCACGCCUCGGACGGGGUGGAAUGGAUGAAAUGUUUGGCAAUCUAGAAAAUCGAGGCCGUGGUUUGCAGGGUCUUGCUUCACCUUUCGCUACUACCGAAGCUGGCCAAACCACGUCGAGUCAAGCGCCAAUGUCAGCUUCUGUGCAAACCCCGUUCUCUGCCGGACCAUCUGGGGGCAAUUACUUUACUCGGUCUCAGGAACAAGAUUCCAGCUCCAGUCAGAUGCCUGCUUCUCAGCAACGACAGAUGGUGAUGCCGGAUCGUAUGCGAUGGAUUUAUCGAGAUCCUUCUGGCAACACUCAAGGGCCAUGGUCUGGACUUGAAAUGCAUGACUGGUACAAGGCAGGAUUCUUCUCACCCGAGCUUCAAGUCAAGAAGCUCGAAGAUGCUGAUUACGAGCCCCUUGCUCAACUCAUUCGGCGUAUCGGGAAUUCACGAGAACCCUUCUUAGUCCCCCAAAUUGGCAUUCCUCACGGUUCAUCAGCUCCUAUACCUAGUAGUACCACCGCUACUUCUGGCGCUGUUCCCGCUACGACUCCAUCUGCCGCGCAACCGCCGUUCGCAAGCAGCUUUCCUAGCUUCGGUACCACUCUCUCAGCUGAGCAGCAGAAUGCUUUGGAGAGGCGCAAGCAAGAGGAGCAGUAUUUGAUGGCAAGGCAGAAGGAGCACUUGGCGCAACAGCAGGUGAUGCUCAAGCAGAUGCAGCACAUGGGUGGGGUUCAUGGUCAGCAACUGCAUCACCAUUCUAGUGCCCACAGUCUGCAAAGUCAACCAAGCUACGGCAGCAUAACUUCUCCUGGUGCUCCUAUCGGUUACCAGCCGUCUCCUGGCCAAGGGCCGAUCCAACCGCCAGCGUCUGUCCAAGGCUUUUUCGAUGGUCUAUCCAGGAAUGCUGGCCCUUUAGGAGCAGGCGCUGAUCCGUUGAGCUCGGUACGUGAGGAGGAUCUACCAAGAUUGAUGGAACGUCUUGGCAUGGGACGCGGGAGUCAGCAACCGUUCAGUGACUCAGUUUAUGCCCAAGAUCCAGGUCAUCAACAGCAUGUAGCUGCAAUGCUACAGGAAAGAGAUCGACAACGACGAGAGCAAGAGCAGUACGAUCUGUUGCAACGAGGGAAUGAUGACCAGCGAACAACAGCGGAACGACUCGAGCAGUAUCAUCGGUUGAGAGCGCAGGAAGAGCAGCAACAACUGCAAGCGCCAGGUCCAAUUGGUGGGCAUGUUAAUCGCCAGACAUUGGAUCUUAAUCUUGCAGGGCAACAGCAAAUGCAUGACGUAGGACACGAAUAUCAAGAUCUCCCACAGCAAACUCACAACGAACCCGAGCCGCUCUCCCUAUCCGAGCAGGUUCAGAAAGCCGCCGCCAAGCAGCAACCCGCUUCCCAGCCUCAAUCGCCGUGGGCAAAAGUUGACUCCGGCUUACCUCAACCCUUCCCUCCACCUCAGUCAUCUUCGCCAAUGCCAGCUCCAACCCCACAGAGAAACAGACAGAGCGUUGCAGAUGCUUUGAAUGCUGAGUCACAAACCCCGUCCCAAGCCGACUCAGUUGAGACGCCCGGUGCUGCCCUCGCGCCAUGGGCCAAGGAGCCAGCUGAGGGUUCGAAAGGACCCUCACUAAAGGAGAUCCAAGCGUUGGAAGCCAAGAAUGCAGCUCAAAAGGAAGAGAUUGCAGUCGCCGCCCGACGAGCUGUAGCCGAGCAAGAGCGUCUCAGUCAACAGAAUCAGCCUGUUGCACCAGCGCCAGGCUUACCGUCGUCGGCCAACUGGGCAAGCAGCAUCUCGCCUGCUAUUCCUACCACCACUGGCGCCUCACCUUGGGCAAAGCCGGCAGCUGGUAAGCCGGCAGUCGCAACACCUGUUACAGGAGCCAAGAAGACAUUAGCACAGAUACAGAAAGAAGAGGAAGCCCGAAAGAACCGCGCCACCGCCGCCGCUGCUGCGAAUGCUGCAGCAAAUGCUUCUGCCACUGCGGCUCUUGCGGGUGGGAAACGCUAUGCCGAAUUGGCUAGUAAAGCCAGCGUGCCUACCCCUUUGACCUCAAGUGCUGCAUGGACUACGGUGGGCGCAAGUGGUAAGGUGAAGACACCUACUGCGCCUGCUCCAAGUUUGAGCACGAGAUCUGCGAGCGGUGGUAUUGUGCAGCCUUCAGCGUCGGCGGCUAAGCCCAAGCCGAUCGUAACCACAUCCACGAAAGGACCUGGGAACCAACAACUUGCGAACCAGGAGUUCCAGAGGUGGACCAAGAGCGCUUUGAGCAAAGGUCUUAAUUCGAACAUGAAUGUUGACGAUUUUGUAUCCCAACUUCUCAUGCUACCACCUGAAGCCGACAUCAUCUCUGACUCUAUCUAUGCCUCCUCCCAAACCCUCGACGGUCGCCGUUUCGCAGAGGAAUUUGUCCGCCGCCGCAAACUUGCCGACCGUGGCGUCGUGCCUGAUUCUGCUUCUACUCCGGGAUUCUCGUCUCCCAUGAAUGCUAGUGAGAGUAAAAGCGGUGGUGGGUGGAGUGAGGUGGCGAAGAAGGGGCCUCAGGCUGCCAAAGAGGAGACGAAUUCGGCUUUCAAGGUUGUGGCGGGGAAGAAGAAGGGCGGGAAGAAGUAG